ACGCUGCGUGGGUGGCUGAGUCGGCGCUUUAUAUCCGGCUUCCUUUUGUGGCCCUCGGUCGGCGUACUGGCCGCUCUGACUCGUUCGCCGUUGGCUGGGCGGCCUCUUGGGGUCCACAUGAACCAGUGGCAUCAUGGCCGCUGUGGCUGGGGUCGGGGACGGGACUUUGCUGGACGUCCCUCAUCCAAGCAAAAAGGCAAGAACAACAUCCCGGAAAGGUGGACAGACUAUCUCCCAGUGGGACAGCGGAUGCCUGGAACUCGUUUCAUUGCUUUCAAAGUUCCUUUACAAAAGAAAUUUGAGAAGAAACUUGAUCCAGAAGAAUACUUUUCUCCUCUGGAUCUUUUUACCAAAAUCCAAGAGCAAAAUGAAGAGCUUGGACUGAUAAUUGAUUUAACAUAUACUCAGCGCUAUUAUAAACCAGAGGAAUUUCCAGAAACUAUUUCUUAUAUAAAAAUUUUUACAGUUGGGCAUCAGAUACCUGAUGAUGACACUAUUUUAAAAUUCAAAUGUGCAGUUAAUGAUUUUUUAAGAGAAAAUAAAGACAAUGACAAACUUAUUGGUGUCCACUGUACCCAUGGUUUAAAUAGGACUGGUUACCUCAUCUGUAGAUAUUUGAUUGAUGUAGAAGGCAUGAGGCCAGAUGAUGCAAUUGAAUUAUUCAAUAGGUGCCGGGGGCAUUGCAUAGAAAGACAAAACUACAUUAAAGACCUUCAGAAUCGUCAUGUUAGAAAGAAUUGGUAUUCUGGGAUGCCUAGGCCAGGUUUUGAAGACUCAGCUCAUCUCAUGGAACGAGUCCACUCCACUAAAAGGCCUGUUAACCAAGGACCUAGGAACAACCGGGCCUGUGGUAAUCCACCACCUUCCCGGCGUUUUCACACCCAGACCCAAAAUGGGCAGCAGUCAUUCAGAAAAUGUUCACAAAACCAGAGUGCUUACCACAGAGGCCACAUCCCUCCUCCUGGUCCUGCUGGAGAAGACUACUCCCAAAGAAGAUACUUAUGGAACGUGAAGCCAAGUAGUAGUCAAGCUGCCCAGAAUAAGAAGUUGUAUCCAGGCAAUUACCAGAGAUUCUCCUAUCCCACCUACUGGGGAUGGACCAAAUGAUGCACACCUGUCCUGGCAGGCUACUGAGAUCACAGCUGGACUGAAGAUAAUUGGAUGACUUAAUAAAAUAGAGCCAAGGAGGUC